AUGUUCUCUUGCUGCCGGCCCACGUCUGGGGGCUCUGGCUCCCAGGAACCCCAGGGGUGCGGCUUGUUCCUAUGCUGUAGGCAGUGGCUCCAGCAUAGGUACCAAGGUGUCAGGGCGGUGAUCAGGAGGCGCCGUCAGAGCUCCACCCGGGUCGUGGGGCGCGAGCGGGAGGAAGGGGUCGUCUGCCCCACAGCCUCCAGGAGCAGGGAGGUGCCCUGCGCAGCUAAUGGAGGCCAGCGCGGGCUCAGGGGUGCAGGGGCCGCGGCCGGGAAGGGGCAUCAGAUCGUCCUGACCAAGCUCACCCGGACGGAGCUGCUGGAGUACAAAGUCCGACAACUGCUGCUCGCCUUGCAGCGCAGGGACGUCAUCUACAUCUUCAGCUUUUUAGAGGAUUAUCGUACAUUCGCCACCACGGACGAGGUGCUGGACCUGCUGUUCACCGAGUAUGGGUGCAUCGCAGAUGCGUGGGGUAACAACGAUGUGGUCCUGCAGUGCUGGAAACUGGCCAUGUCCUUCAUGAUGGAAAUAUGGCUGAAUUAUUAUGGGGACGACUUUCAUCAGUUCCCAGAAUUUCCCUCCCUUAUAAAACUCCUGGAAUUGUUAAGACAGCACAGCCACACAGAUGCGCAUCUCCGGGCCCUGCGUCACCUGAGGCAAUUCAGACGCCUCCAUGCAGCAGAGCGAGAGCUUCGGCCCGAGGAAAACACCCUGAACCCACUCUGGAUGCACCCCAGCUCCACCGUGGGGCCUGCUGCCCCGUGGGGCCUGGCUGCUGGGGCUGAGGGCUUGGCCUGCGAUGAGCCGCCUGCUGGGGAGGCAAAGCCCCUGCAGAUAGUGGUCACUGCUGCCCUGCAGGAGCCCCCUGCACCCCUGGGAGCCCUGGAAGAGGAGCAGGCACCACCCCCUGCUCUCGAGGUCGUGGAUGUGCCCCAGCCACCUCCUAACUCGAUGGAGCAACUGGCCUCGGGGAUGGAGCAACCUGUUGAACCACCCGAGGAGCCCGCCCCAGCUCCAACUGUGGAGCCUGGGGAAGGUUCCGGGUCUGAAGGGAUAGUGGCUGCUGGAGAUGAGGACUUGGUCAAGGCAGAGAUGCUGGCUCCUGAGGUGAAGGUGGUGCACGUGCUGGUCGAACCUAUGGUUCCCUGCCCCAUGAGGAGGAGCCACCUGCUCCCAUGGCCACCCCGGAAGUAG